UGGCUUGCUGCACGUGCCCGAGUGGCUAUUUUCAGUGAGCUGGAAAAUUCUUUGCUGACUUUCAUGAGCUGUGGAUCACACCCUAGCUGCUGCCUUCCAGGGAAUCCAUAUAAGCCUCACCUAAGAAGACUGGUGCUCUCUCACUUGCAGAUCACUGCCUCUGCUCCGGAGAUGUGGAUAUAGAGCUCUGCUGUUACGAUGGAGGUGGUACAAACCCUCAUGGUCCAGUAUUGCUCUCUGGGCCUGCUACAGGACAACAGGAAAGGUUGACCUCAGUGGGAUUUCUCAGAGAAAAGCUGUGUUUGUGGUGGGUCUGAUUUAGUCAUGUAACUCGAGUGACUGCAGAGGGAGCUCUAGCCACAGCGGAGCUGCAGGAUUUUAUCACCUUUCUGGUCCAAACUCCCUUUUAUUCUUUGAAUAACCCUGUCGGCUGCUGGAAAGGGACAAGGAGAGGAUGAGCAAUAAUUAACAAAGUCACCAGCUGCCCUCCGCUUAGUAACGCCAAGGUAACCAGGUUUUCAUGAAUAUUUCACCUUGUUUCCUUCCCCUCUUGCUUUUGGUUGAGGACUUGGGCAGCAAGGAAGAGGGCACCAGCUGGCACUUCUGCCAGGUUUGCCGCUCUGCAUUGCCCUGCUUCCUCAAAACCCAGAUUUCCUCAGAGGAAUACACUGCCUGCUUAAAUACAUUCACCCAAAUUACUAGAAUCUGGCAGCUGCAAGAGAUUAGGUAUAAACAAGACCUAAAGAAUGAUGCAGACUGUCACGUAAGAAUUCAGGGCCAUAGUAGUCAGGCAUUCAACAGUGCUUUAAUUUUGGUCAUUUUUGUACAUCACUCAAUGUUUUUUUUUGAUCCCAAAGUAUCAAGAAAUUUCCAACAGAAGGGAGUUUUUUCUUCUGAUUGCACGAAAAGCUCACAUAAAAAUUGAGGAGUCUGCCAAGGGAAGGUCACCAAGUUCAUCCUGUGGCUUCCACUUUUCUAUAAACAGAGGAGACAGAAGGGCAACAACCCCAACUUUCCUUUUCUAUCCUCAAAGUCUCAUCCAAGUGAAGGGACCAACCUAUAUAUCUAGUUGAGCGGAUUCUAAUUUUUCAGAUGGCAGAAGUGGGCAAGAAGUCCGCCCUGUGGGAUCACGAGGUGUCAGCUGCCUGGUUUGGAGGCCCGGGGAGAAGAUGGGCCUGGGUGGGUGAACGCGGUGACUGAGGAGGAAGCUGAUGAGUCGGAGAAGGCAUUGAGGGAGCCAUCACUGCUGCCACCUCCUGAGACCUCAUAGUUGCUAUAAGGCAUUUCAUACUGAGUGCUGUGUCCCAAACACUUGCAAUCCUUGCAGCAAGAGCUGUAUUUUUAUCUUCCCUCUCGUAGUGAGUGCCUUGACCCCUAGUCUGCGGAGUCAGCCUCAGGAAUGGGGAAAGAUGAAGAAUAGCACGUUCCAUCAGAAGAAGCCCCACCACACACCUUUCAGCAGUGUCUGCUUCCCAGCACAGCUCUUGAAGGCACAGUAAGGAUUAACACAUACAUUGUCACAGCAAUGGCACGAGCUAAUCUGAACAGGGACGCAGCGGGCCUGAGGUUCGCCUUGUGGGAAUGGGGAGGCUCUGAGGCACUAUGGCAACAAGGGCUGUAUGCAAAGAUGCCAAAACUCAUCUUUUAAUCCGUGCUGCAAUUCUUAGCUAUGGAUCCAUUUCCAUUCUCUUCAUAUUUUUCUUCUCAAAAGUGUCAGAUGGCAUGCACACGGUUUAAUUGAGGUGGAUGAGAGUGUGCCAAGGACAGUGUAGACUGAACAUAUCUUUUUAAAGCAUGUCACAGCUUGAAAGGGCUCAUUUUUGCAGCCUUUACUUGGGACUCCCAUUUUCACAUUAGCUUCACUUCUCCUCCUCUCCCUACCCCAGGAUUUCCCCUCAAGGCUAUUUUCCUGGCAGGGCAUUCUUAGAGACCAGGCGUGAUAACGCUGUUCAAUUUAGCAAAAUAUGUGUGCCAGCACAGAUGUGGUCUGUGCUUGAUAGUGCCAGGCAUUGCAUUCUGCACACUUGGUGAUAGCUGUAAACUAACUGCUCACGCUGUUUACAGCCACACACUUACAGCAAUCCCUACAGCCGCUGGCAAAUGCGAGGGAAAACAGCACAGAGAAGAGGGCAUUUUGAAGCAUGCACUGAACUUCCCCAUGUACUUCCCAGCUUCUAGCAACAGGCCCACCCAUUUCCCAACCUUCCUACUCCUUCGCUCCCUUUGCACCGUUGCCCAGCCAGGGCGAUGAGAACCACAAGCAGCAAUUUCUUCAGAGGAUACUGAGCAUGCACAGGCUGUCAGGGCACGCACACUGAAGGCGAAAAGUAGCAAAUGGCACCUGGGGAGCGUUGUCUUGAUGCUCCACCCCAAGCUCCAUGGUGGAGCUCCACCCCCAGCUCUGUGGGGACGUUAUAGGUGCUGGGCUACGAGCUGGCCUGUUGGUCAUGUCUACUCACUGUCAAAAGGAUGAUGGAAAAGCCAACCCUCAUUGCUCAGGUGGACACCAGCCUACAGGACUCUUCCCCACAGCUGGGUAUAGCCCGUGCUUUUACAGCUGUUCCUACUCCAGCACAAGCUAGUGCUGUUACUCAGCCAAAGAUGUUCUGCUACACCCUGGACAACGAUGUUCUAACCACAGAGCAAAGGCAGUUCUACGAAGAAAACGGUUAUCUUGUCAUCAAGAAGCUAGUUUCUGAUGAAGACAUUGAACGCUUCAGGAAGGAAUUCGUAAGGAUCUGUAACAAGGAGGUAAAUCUACUGGGAGCUAUGAUCAUGAAAGACGAGAUGCUGAGGUCCCAAAAUGUUCAGUCUGAAAAAAUGGUCAAUAAAGUACAGGACUUCCAGGAAGAUGAAGAGUUGUUCAGAUACUGUACUCUGCCACAGAGCCCAGCGAUCAAAUUUUGUCAUGGAGUGCUAGAUUAUGAUGAGAACAGUCCUAGGGUUCACCUGCUCAUGGAGAAGGGAGACAUGUUCUUCCAUCCCCUGCUCAUUCAUGGCUCUGGAAUAAACAAGACGUCAGGUUUCCGGAAGAGUAUAAGUUGUCACUUUGCCAGCUCAGAGUGCUACUACAUUGAUGUCAAGAACACUGUCCAAGAAGACCUUGAGAAAGAAACGGUAGAAGUGGCACGCAGCAAAUUUAAUAUGACUUCUCCUUUGGACAUUGUGAGCAUUUGGCAGAUGCGAGCAAAGCUCGUGCAAGCUGAAAAAAUUAAUCUUUAG